CCGAGCCAUAGCCAGGGCAGGGCGCGCGCGGUUUGAGAAUUGAGAGACGCGAAAGGGACCGGCCGCGCGGCGCGCGGCAGGCAGUGCAUCGAGAGGCUGCCUGCGCCCCGCGCCCAAUCCUGAAUAAUCCCCUCCGCCCCCUCCACCCCACGUCUCUCCUCCGCGCGCGCCUCCUCGAUCGCCCGGGGAGCUCGACGCAGAGAGGAUGGCGCCGCUCCACGCCGCCCCGCCGCCGCCGUCCGCGGCCGCCUCGGUCUCCUCCACCUCCUCCGUUCCCCCGGUCUUCGUCGCCAGGCCGUACCACCAUCGCAGGGCGGCGUCCUGCUCCCUCACUGUAGCCGCCGCCGCCGCUCCAUCAAGAAAAGCGUUCCUGUCACGCCCGGAUCACAGCUCGACCCUCGCCCCGCCGCGCACCGCCCGUUCGUCGCCCCCGGCGCUCGUCUCGUCUGUGCAGGACCUGUACGACUUCAUCUGCAGCGGCCCGCUGGUGGAAAGGAUCGGCUACACCAAGGAGAAGAUCGCCGAGUCCAUCGACCGGUGGCUGCGCAGCGGCGUGCAGGUGGCCCGCCUUUUCCGCCUCAACGAGCUCCAGCUAUCGGAGGCCGAGAAGGCCAGGAUAUACCACUUCUACAUCCCCGUCUUCCUCUGGUGCGAGGAUCAGGUCAUCGAGCACAGGGCAAAGUACAGCGAGGGCGACAACAUCCCGCCAUUGGUGAUUGGGGUGAGCGCUCCCCAAGGCAGUGGAAAGACAACUCUUGUUUUUGCACUUGAUUAUCUUUUUCGGGUUGCUGGUAGGAAUUCCGCUACAUUGUCAAUCGAUGACUUCUAUUUGACAGCAAAAGAACAGAAUGAAUUGAGGGACAGAAAUCCUGGAAAUGCUCUUUUAGAGUUCCGUGGAAAUGCUGGAAGCCACGAUCUCCAAUUCUCAGUUGAAACACUUAAGUCACUGAUCAAACUAACAAAGAAAGAUAUGAAGAUGAAGGUUCCACGGUAUGACAAGUCUGCUUUUGGUGGAAGAGGUGAUCGAGCUGAUCCUUCAGUAUGGCCGGAGGUUGAAGGGCCAUUAGAGGUUGUUCUUUUUGAAGGAUGGAUGCUUGGAUUUAAACCUCUUCCAAAUGAAGUUGUAAAAGCAGUGGAUCCUCAGCUCGAGGUGGUUAACAAGAGCCUCCAAGCGUACUAUGAUGCUUGGGACAGGUUCAUCGAGUCAUGGAUCGUUAUAAAAAUAAAGGAACCCAAUUGUGUAUACCAGUGGAGGCUGCAGGCAGAGAUAGCUAUGCGGGCAGAUGGAAAACCUGGAAUGUCUGAUGAGGAGGUUACGGAUUUUGUAUCACGCUACCUACCGGCAUACCACGCAUAUUUGCCCACGUUAUACAAAGAGGGACCAAAUGGCUCAAAGCCAGACCACCUUCUGGUCAUUGACAUAGACCAAGACAGGAAUCCUAUCUGGGGCAGCUGAGUCAUGAAUUCCUGAUGUACAUGCUGAAACGGAUUUUCUGACUCCGUGGUGAAGCUUGGGACCUCUGAUCUUUAUGAAAUCGCUUAUGUAUAGCAAACACCACUGGCCUCUUGUUUCCCAUAGUGCAAAUAUUAUCCUAAACGUGUACAUUUCGUGUAUAUCAAAUUUUGCUAUUUAUUCAAUGAUUUCUGUGUUUAUCCAA